AUGGAAUCUGAUAAUGCAAAUGGUGAAGUAUUUCUAUUCACAUCAGAAUCAGUCGGUGAAGGACAUCCUGAUAAAAUCUGUGAUCAAGUAAGUGAUGCUGUACUUGACGCUUGCUUGAGCCAAGAUCCCAAUGCCAAAGUAGCAUGUGAAACAUGCACAAAAACUGGUAUGGUAUUAGUAUGUGGUGAAAUAACAACAUCAGCUAAUCUUGAUUAUCAAAAAAUCAUUCGUGAUACAGUUCGUGAAAUUGGUUAUGAUUCAUCCGAUAAAGGUUUUGAUUACAAAACGUGUAACGUACUUGUUGCACUUGAACAACAAUCACCAGAUAUCGCUCAAGCAGUACAUGAAAAAAAAUCUGAUGAAGAUGUUGGUGCUGGUGAUCAAGGUCUUAUGUUUGGUUAUGCAACAGAUGAAACAGAAGAAUGUAUGCCAUUAACUGUCGUACUUUCUCAUGAACUUAAUGCUAAAAUGGCUGAAUUAAGACGUAAUGGUGAAAUGGAAUAUCUUCGACCAGAUUCAAAAACUCAAGUUACUGUUGAAUAUAAAUUUGAAAAAGGUGCAUGUAUUCCUCAACGUGUGCAUACAAUUGUUAUAUCAACUCAACAUAGUCCACAAGUAACACAAGAAAAAUUAAGAGAUGAUCUUCUUAAUAAAAUUAUUAAAACUGUUGUACCAAAAGAUUUACUUGAUGAUAAAACAAUUUAUUAUUUAAAUCCAUCAGGUAAAUUUGAAAUUGGUGGUCCACAAGGUGAUGCUGGUUUAACUGGUAGAAAAAUUAUUGUUGAUACUUAUGGUGGUUGGGGUGCUCAUGGUGGUGGUGCUUUUAGUGGAAAAGAUCCAACAAAAGUUGAUCGAUCAGGUGCCUAUGCUGCUCGAUGGGUUGCUAAAUCACUUGUCAAAGCAAAACUUGUUCGUCGUUGCCUUGUUCAAGUUUCUUAUAGUAUUGGUAUCUCUGCACCAUUAUCCGUUGCUGUUUUUGCCUAUGGUACUUCAGCUAAAACAAAUAAAGAAUUACUUGAAAUAGUUAACAACAACUUUGAUCUUCGUCCAGGUAUAAUCAUUCGGUACUUAGAUUUAAAAACUCCAAUUUAUAGAAAAACAGCUUGUUAUGGUCAUUUUGGUAGACCAGAAUUUCCAUGGGAACAAGCAAAACAACUUAAAUUAUAA